AUGCUACCCCAGGCUGGACCUGGUCUCCUCUUGGAGACGGUGGGUUCUCCGAGUCGAGGUGGGGGCUCGGGCAGGGGAAGUUCGGAGCCGCCGGAGCGGCAGAAGCACGUGGGCUUAAAGGGGUGGGAGGACGCAGACGGAGGAGUAACGGGUGGAAGUGUCAAAGAGGAAGGAGUGGAGGGCCGCCGAGGUGACAGGGUGUGGUCUGUGGGGGAGCAGGCGGGCCGGGGGAGGAGGGCAGCGAGCCGCAUCGGGGCUGAGGAGGCAGCGGGGAGCGUGCCUGCGUCGCUCGGUGCGGGGACAGCGAGGAGCGCGCGCGGGGCCGAGGGGCGAGGGGAGUUUCCCGUGCUCGCCAAGUGGAGCCCAGCUCGGAGCUGCGCCAGCGCCGUCAGCCCUGGGCCCGCGGUGCCUGACACCUGCCGAGUCCGAAGCGGGAGUCCGCCCCCGAGUAAGUCUUGUCUUUUCUCUCAAUUCUCCUCGGCCGCCUCAGCCUCUUUUAUCUGCGCAGCUCGGAGCUCCCGUUGCGGGGUGCCGCGCGAAAAGCGGACCAGAGAGCUCCGCCGGCGUCCGGGGAUGCUCCAGCCUGCGAGCGCGCCCCGGCCGGCACCGGGACCCGGCCGAGAAGCCCCGCCGCCGGGUGGCCCUGCGCAGCGCAGACGGAGGCGGCGGCAGAGUUGUUGGCACGGAUGCGACCCGUCUUUUGUGUCCUGCCGGAUCCCAGAGCCGGGCCAGGCCGGGGAGGGAGCGGGGGUGGGGAAGCAGCGGAAGCCACUUUAUGGCUCCUGGCCCCACCUCUUGCCCCCACCCCAAAUCCUUCGGGAUUUCAGCCUGCCGCGGACUCGGGCGCAAGUGAGUGCCUACGCGCCCUUGCCGGGCCAGUUGAUUCGGGUGGGCAGCGGCCGGACCACUAUGCCGCCCCCUCUUUUGGUUUUCUUUUUAGACACAGCAUCUUUAACAGCGGGUGUUGAGAAGGAGGCUGACUGGGUGCUCACGGGAGUCCGGGUGUGGGAUCCAUCUACCUUCUUGCUUUUCUCGGGGUCUGGAGGGGAAAGGACGGGCCGCUGA